AUGACAAUCACCAAAUUUUAUAAUAAUAAAUUUAAUAUUAAAUUAAAUGAUAUUGUUAGGGGCGGAGAUAAUACAGUUGUUGUCACUAAAAAUAUGCCAUUUACUAUUGUUGUUGAAAAUAAACAAAGUAAAACAUCAUUCGAAAAUUUAACCAAAGAUAAAGUUUCGUUAAAAUUGGUAUAUGAAAACGAUCUCGCACCAGUAAAUACAUUAAAGGCUAGUCCAUUAGAAUAUAACAUUUACAUAAGCAGUGAAGUUAUUACUAUCGAGACUAGAAUAUUGGCAUUAUCGUCACAACAUGAAAAUAGCUUAUUUAAAGUUGUCAUGCUUUUAGAUAAUUUACCAAUUCAAACCGAGGUUAUCAAAUGCGUUUCAAAAAUUACAAAUUCAGUAAUCAAAGAAAAUAAUAAUAAUAAUGCCACCUCAUUAAAUAAUAAUAAUAAUAAUAACAAUAAUAAUAACAAUAAUAUAGAAUCGAAUGAAAAUAAUUGUAUUAAUAAAACCACAACAUUAGUUAAAAAAUCAAAAUCCAAUAUAUUUAAUAAUAAAAAAAGUAACUUGUCUAAAACUAUUAAAAAGUUAAAACAAUUACGUCAAAAUGAUAAAAAUUUAAUUUCACUUUUAUAUCAACAAAAUAAAUUAAUCACAUCCCAAUUAAAUUCUGUUACAACAAGUAGUUAA